AUGGAGCACAGCAGCGCUAUAAUAAAAAUUCUGCUGUUCCUCACAUUUUCUCUUCAUCUCUCAUCAGCAGGAACACACUCACUACAUGUCUUACACACUGUAGUCACACCAGGAAUCAAUUUCCCAGAAUUCACUGCUUUCAAUUUUGUGGAUGGAGAGCAGACUGACUACUAUGACAGCAACCUGAGGCAGCUGAUUCCAAGGACAGAGUGGAUUAAGGAGAUUGAUGCUGAUGAUCCAGAUUACUGGAAGAGAAACACUGAGAUUCUGCAGGAUGUUGAGGAGAUCUUCAAAGUUGAUGUCCUUACACUGAUGGAGCUCUUCAAUCAGACUAAAGGAGUUCAUGUAAAGCAGGUGAUGUACGGCUGUGAGUUUGAUGAUGAUGACACUAUUAGAGGAUACGAGGAGCAUGGUUAUGAUGGAGAAGAUUUCCUCAGCUUUGAUCUGAAAACUGGAACCUACACUGCAUUAAAUGAGCUGGCUAUAAAUACUAAACAUGAUUGGGAAUCUUCAGGUUAUGCUAAUUAUACAAAGAGCUACCUGGAGAUAGAGUGUAUUUCUUGGUUAAAGACGUUAUUAUCAUAUGGCAGAGAUUCUCUGGAGAGGAAAGAUCGUCCUGAGGUGUCCAUGUUCCACAAGCGCUCCAAUUCUUCAGAGCUGGUGUGUCACGCUACAGGUUACUUCCCCAGAGGACUGAUGAUAUUCUGGGAGAAGGACGGAGAAGAACUGCUUGAGGACGUGGAGAUCAGAGCAACAGUACCCAACCCAGAUGGAACCUUCCAGAAGAGAGCCGUUCUGAGAGUCUCACCUGAGGAUCAACAGAAACACAGAUACACCUGUGUGGUUCAGCACAGCAGCCAGGAGAAGGACUUAGUGCUGCCAGCUUCAGGUUCUGUAGAUGUAGGUGAAGGAUCUCUUGGUGCUGGAGCGAUCGUUGGUAUAGUCUUGGCUGUUGUUGCUGGUGUUUCUGUUGUUGUUGCUGCUGGAGUUCUGAUCUGGAAGAAGAAGAUGAAGUCUGCUUCCAGAUUCAGCAGCUCCCCCUUAAACUCUGAUACCUCCAGCACCUCGUCUUAAGUGAAGAAAAACUCUGACUGGACGGAGGUGCAGAUGGAGGUGAGGAAGGAAUUUAGAAAUGAGAUCUUGUACAGAGGAGGAACGAGGAGUCGGAGAUGAAGAACUCUCUCACACAUCCUCACGUCUGCAGAUCUUUCCUUUUCUUCUGAAGAACUUUACUGUAAUCUACAUGAUGUUCCAUUAAAUCAAAAUGAUCAGAGUUUGGGAAUCUUGCCGGUGAAACUGUUACUGGUUUAAAAUGGGAUUACUGGGGAACUGUUACUGGUGAUAAUGCUGCUGAUGGUUUUGUAUUUAAUGGUGUUUUGGUGACUUUGGUGCUGCACUGUUUCUUUUUUCCACAGAAAACAAGGUUUUACUAUUAAAAUUAUUAGUGAUGGUGUCAUAAUGAGAUACUUUUCAUUCUUACUCAGAGAUUUGUAUUGUCCAGGGAUCACAUGUAUUAAACUGAAUGUAGAACCCAUUGUAUUAUAAUGCAUACCAGCAGUUCUGUUUGUGCACUUUAUGUACUCAUAAAGGAACUAUAAAUACAAAUACUGCUUUUCUUUAUUAAUCAGAUCAUGGAAAUGAAAUCUUGCAGUGUGAUUAUCAUGUUAUAAUGUUAUUU